AUGCGUCCAACACGAUCCCGCACUUGGCUUGAACGCCGUCAGUCAACGACUUUUGCGCCCUCUGACGCCGAGCAAUCCCCUAUCGUCUCCGACGCCGUGCAAGGCAUGUACGUCCAAGCUGCUCAGCUCGCCGACAACAUGACGGGCGUCAAAGGCACCGCCAAUGGGAAUCUGGCAAGCGUGCCUGGUCAACUCAUUCAGACCGACGGCACGCAGUACACCUGGAAUAGCAACCUUGGCCCCGUGACCCCCGGUGCCAAUGUCAAUGGCAGCGAAGAGAUAGGAUGGGAAUCCUUGCCCGACGUGCCUGGCUUUGUCCUCAACGACUCGAUGAAGGUCUUCAACAAAUUCCGCAACGAGAGCGGCAUCAUGCCUUUUUACAUCAGCGUAGAUGACCCCGCUACUGUCAAGCGAUUCAUCGUCGUCCUUCCUGGAAAGCCGCGUGACACCUGGAAGUACGCAAACUACAUGCUGAACGCACGAAACAUUGUCGUAGAGCAACAGUUCGCUCCCUUCAACACCAUGGGCUUGACAGGCAACAAUGCCUCGGUCGGCAUCGUCGCGCCGGCCUUCCUGAACAUGCAAGAUCUGAGCGCUGGAGCAUGCAAGCCGCAAUAUCUCUGCUUUGCUGCGUCGCUGUGGCAGGAAGGCGGGACGAAUAAGAAUCCCAAGAUGCAGCAUGAGCUCACCUCUUUCGACGCCAUGGACGCCAUCCUCGACCAGCUCUUCGACAAGAGUAUCUACCCGUCCCUGAAUCAGGUCGUUGUCGCUGGCCACUCGCUCGGUGGGCAGGGUGUGCAACGAUACGCGGUGAUGAAGAAGACAAAGGCGUACGACAGCAAUGUGCGAUACUGGAUCGCCAACCCUGGUUCAUGGGCCUGGCUCAGUUCCAACCGGCCGUACCCUAACGCCAACGCCACAUGCGCGCCAACGUUUGACGAUUGGCCAUACGGAAUCCAUGGAAACACAUCCAAGAUCACCAAGUAUGCGCGAGACGAUGCGGUCGUCAAUAACGGUGCAGAUAUCGUCGCGAGGUACCAAAGUCGCACUGUCAACUACGCGUUUGGUCUAUUCGACGUCGGCAGCGGUGACACGCAUUGCCAAGCGGCCUGGCAAGGCUCCAAUCAUUUGGACCGCGGUUCCAACUUUGUUAUGUCAAUGGGCAACGAUUUCCCAGGCGGGUUCCCCAAGACGCAUACUGCCGACUUUAUUGCCAACGUUACGCACCAAGAUUACUCCAUGUACAGCGCCAGCAUCUCGCUGCAGCGUCUCUUUGGCGACGAGCUGAACACUCGCAAUCCUGACCUGACCAACGUGACCAACCCGGGCGACAAGCCUGCCAAGGCGCCCUCGACGGGCCAGCACGCAUUCGCUACGCCCGUACACGAGAUCAUGGCGCGAAGCCUGCUCGGAGGCAGCAUAGGCGUCACCAUCCUCGCUUUCUUUUUUCUACCCUUGCUGUUCCAAAGUAACUACGACCAGGGCUGGGAGAAAGACGAAUAUCGGUGA